AUGGGCCAGCUCGGUGACCUGUCGCCUCAGGCGGGCAUCGCUGUUGGAAUCAUUGUCGGACUCCUCUCCACUUCCAUUCAGAGCCUGGGCUUGACCUUGCAACGAAAAUCGCAUUUGGUUGAGGACGCCAAAGAUCCUGCUGAGACCCGUCGACCGGCUUAUAAGCGACGAAAAUGGCAACUCGGAAUGUUCAUGUUUGUCAUUUCGAAUCUUGUGGGCAGUACCAUCCAGAUCACAACGCUUCCAUUGCCUGUGCUCUCCACACUGCAGGCUUCCGGUCUUGUCUUCAACACAGGCUUUGCCACGCUGCUUCUCGGAGAGCCCUUCACACGGUACUCUAUAAUUGGAACAAUUCUCACAUGCGGUGGUGCCGCGCUCAUUGCGACGUUUGGUGCCAUUGGGGAGCCGGCGCAUAGUUUGACACAACUGCUGGAGUUGAUGAGGAGAUGGAACUUCAUCGUCUGGAUGGCUGGAACAUUGAUAGUCGUGGUAGGCACCAUUCUCAUUGCGCACUUUCUCAAGAUAUGGUCAUCUCACCGACAUAUCGAGAAUCAUUUCCUCAAAACCGAGCGCCCUCGCUCCGCUUCCAUCUCGAGUAUAGGUGCAACAGGACUCAAACGCUCAUUCACAAGCUCGCUACCAAUACCGCUACAAAUACGAGUGAACCGACUUCGCCUCGCUCGAGGUCUGGCCUAUGGGUUGGUAUCUGGCAUUCUCUCCGCCCACUCCUUGCUGGUUGCCAAAUCAGCAGUGGAGCUCCUGGUCCGAACAAUCGUUGACCGGAAUAACCAGUUCAAUCAGUUUCAAUCUUGGUUGAUUCUCAUUGCUCUCCUUUUCUUUGCCCUGACUCAGCUUUAUUACCUGCAUCUUGGUUUGCGCCUCUGCAGUACAAGCGUGCUAUACCCUUUCGUCUUUUGCGUCUACAACAUAAUUGCGAUCCUAGACGGUCUCAUAUAUUUCCACCAAGCUUCGAAGCUGAGCGCGCUACAUGGUGGCCUCGUGGCUAUGGGUACCUUUAUUCUCCUUGUGGGCGUCUUUGCUCUAUCUUGCCGUCUAGAGGAAGUUCCUUCCGAAGAGCCGGCGCCCGCAACACUGGAUCCCUCCACACCCCUCACUCCCGGCAUGGGCAUGAUGCGCACAUCCGAAGACGAAUCGCGCGAGUCUCUUCUUCGCACACGCUCUCGCUCCUCUACCAACGCCUCACGCUCCAGCCUGAACGAGCAAACGCCACUUCUGGUCGGUCGCCGCCGCUCUCGGCCACCGACACUUUCCAUACACCCAGCGGACCCCGAAGCAGCCAUCUCCCGCGAUAUUUGGGCCGAGCUCGAUGAUGAUGGCCCAUACGAGAACUCCGACUUCCUUGCUUCUCUACCAGGAGCCUCUCCUUUCCUUACGCACAAGGCGCUCCGCAAAACACGCAGACGAGGGGACUCGGCUUCCUCGCAGGCUGUCAGCACCACGACGGACCAUAGCUCCAAUAGCGUGCACAUCAAGGAGCAAGAGAGGACCAGUGCGAGUGUUAGUCCCACGGGCAUCCGGAAGCAAAGCGGAGAGCAUAGGAGGCAGCGGAGCGCAAGCGUUAGAUUUGCGGAUGCACCGAGCCCGAGUCGAUGGGAUGCGAGGCGCGGCGAGGAGCUGCGAGAGGAGGAGCAGAAUAUGGCGAACGAGGCCCGCGAACGUGAUGAUCGCGCGGACGAGGGGUAG